GUGAAGAAAGUAGGGUCCCUCGGAAGGAGGAACGAGCCACGAAGGACACUUGAUAAAAAAAAAAGGCCACAACAAAGAACGGGGAACGGGGAAGAUGGAGUUCAGUGAUCACGACUACAUCAGCACCACUUCUCCUAAUGGCGGCCACGUGGACUUUAUAUAUAAAAUGAGUCCGAGAGAAGUUGAGGAGUUUGUGAAGCUGAGGAUUUGUAAUACCUCCCUCUUCUCUGGAAAAAGGAACACGUCCAGGCGGGCAUGGAAGGCCAUCCUCAAGCACAUGGGAUUACAACACAAGAUGACCUUUAGUCAAGCAUCUAAAAAGUGGGAGAACAUGAAGAAGAAGUACAAGGCCCUGAAGAACCCCUCAGAUGGGAUGAAAGUGUUCCCUGAGAUGUGGGCUCACUUUCACCUGAUGGACGAAGCCACAGAGGGUCGACUGGAAGGCAGCGCCCCUGCCCUCAAGGUUUUCCCUGGUGAUAAAGACACUCGUGAUUUCUUACCCAUCUCCAAGCCCAAGAAGAGGAGGAGGUUAUCCAUGGGGACAUCGCCCCCUGUAUCUUUGGUAGCAGACAGGCCGGAGAUCGAGGUUUCACUGAACGGAGAUGAGGAGGAGGAGGAGGAAGGAAGCCUGGACGUGAAUCUCAUCAUGCAGGAGGUGGACGACGAGAGGAACGUGAUGGACACGGAAAGACAGGUGAUGGACAAGGAGAUACGGCUGAUGGAAAGGGAGCGGCUGGUUCUGCAGAGGGAGAGGGCGGUGCUGGAUCGGGAGGUCGCCACCCUGGAGCGAGACCGGGCCACGCUGGACAGAGAGAUGGCGACGGUGGAGCGAGAGAAGGUGGUGCUGGAGAGGGAGAAGGCGAUGGUGGAGAAGGACAAAGAUGCUAUGUGCAGGGAGCGGCGGGCUCUGGAGCGGGAGAGAGCCCGGCUGGAGAGACUAUUUGCACCAAGAGAAACAACAGAGGAGGCUACGGGAAACCACGGCGAGGUGAAAGACUCACACGCUGUGGACAUGGACAGGAAGGAGCGGUUUCUUUAUUUGUUUGAAAAACUCAUUGAAAGUUUUUGAAUUUACAAAAUCAGUUUUCACUUUUAGCUGCUCUCGGAUUUGCACUGAACAUUCUGUGUGAGCGCAAAUGUCCGAGUGAGAGCCUCCGGACUUUCUGCGGACUUUCCGGAGGAGCCGAUGGAUUCCCUGCGAGCGAGUGGGGGUGUUGAUGAAGUCACAGAUGUAAAAAGGAUAAAACCCAGAUGUGCUGUAAACAACAUGUGAUCUCCAGAGCAGAAUUAAUACGUUACACCCUGUCUGCACAUCGUCCGGAGGUCACGUCUGAAAAUUAAUUUUUCUUUCAAAUCCACACUUUUCUUAA